ACUCUCGGAAUGAUCAGCAAGCUGGACAGUGUGCUCAUGACCCAGAGGAAAUUUAUCUUCCAUUAUAAGAAUGUGCGCUGGGCCCGAGGGAGACACGAGACGUACCUUUGUUUUGUAGUAAAGAGACGCACUGGCCCUGAUUCCCUCUCUUUUGACUUCGGACACCUGCGCAAUCGCUCCGGCUGCCAUGUAGAGCUGCUCUUCCUACGUCACUUGGGUGCGUUGUGCCCGGGGCUGUGGGGCUCCAGUGUGGACGGUGCGAGAAUGUGUUACGCAGUGACCUGGUUCUGCUCCUGGUCGCCCUGCUCUAAAUGCGCUGAACAACUUGCCCACUUCCUGUCACAGACGCCCAAUCUGCGUCUGAGAAUCUUUGUGUCACGCCUUUACUUCUGUGAUGAAGAGGACAGCCAGGAGAGGGAAGGACUGCGACACCUGAAGAGGGCAGGAGUGCAGAUCUCUGUGAUGACUUACAAAGACUAUUUCUACUGCUGGCAAACAUUUGUUGCACGGAGGCAGAGGAGAUUUAAAGCCUGGGAUGGCCUUCACCAAAACUCUGUCCGACUUGUUCGAAAACUCAAUCAGAUCUUGCAGCCCUGCGAGACUGAGGAUCUGAGGGACGGUUUUGCUCUCCUCGGGCUAUGAUCACAAAUAUGAGAUUCGGAAACCAAUGAACACUGAGAUAUGAACUGAAUGGGAUGAAGAGAAAUGGUGCUGUAUGACCUGAGACUUGAAUCCUUUGACUUGAAUCUGACUUAAUACGUAUCUUGUACUGUACUGUAUGUAGCAUUAAUGUGAUUAUGUUGGAUGCCAAAAUAAAAGCUGUGAUUUGACAUUUUCAAACUGUUUUUCUGUCUGUGUUAAACAAGUAUGGUUCAUAGUUAUACACUACUGUUCAAUGUUUGGGGUCAAUAAGAAAGAAAUUCAUUUUUUUUUAUUCAGCAAAGCAUCAUCAAAUUAAUCAAAAGUGCCAGUGAAGACAUUUAUAAUGGUACAAAAAAAUUCUAUUUUAUAUAAACGUUGUUCUUGGGAAC